AUGUCUGGUUAUAUUUCUGCUUUUCAACCUGUCACUUAUACUUUGGAUAAUGGAAUUUAUUCGACGAUUUUGGCGAGUGGCGCAGUUGCACCAACAACUUCAAAAACCAAAAAUGAAAUAAUCGGUGAGUAAAGAAUCAUGAAAGCUUAUUGAUAUCGAAAAUUAAAGUUCUAAUACGCCACAUCAUAAUUCUCGUCUCGUUUCAAAUUUCGAUUUUUCCUAGAUUCCUCAAUCGCCCCACCAUCAAAGAAAAAGAAGAAAUUUGUCGACCCAUUUGAUCCUGAAGCUACAGUACCCCUUCCAUUUCAACUUGAUGAUCAAUUCGGACCAUAUAGUUCAUCAGUUUGGAAAAGAAAUGAAAGAGAAAGAUCGAGAGUUCGAUGUGUUAAUGAAGGAUAUGAUAAUUUGAGAAUACAUUUACCAUUGCAUGAUGGGUAAGGGAAUUCAUUAUUUUUCAAAAAACUAGACUCAAUUUUUCAGUGAGAAGCGAAUCUCGAAAGUUGACACUCUUCGCCUCGCAAUUCGUUAUAUAACACAUCUCGAGCAAUUAUUGAAAAACAGUCUUCAUCAAUAUAAUUGCACAUGUUUUGCUGGAUUUCAAGAAGAAUCUGAAGGAAAUAUUCAACUCAAUUUUCAAACUAUUUUCAAUCGUCAAUAA